AUGUCACUAUGCCGUCCACCUAUCACGGCAUACCAUGCUUCGAACACUCGAUUCGGAACUGCAUCAACGUCCUGCCCAACCUCUUGGUCCCUCGCGCGGUAUCUACCAUGCGAUUCUCGUUCGACCAAGGACUUGGCGUGCCACGCCUUCAACGUCUCCCGGCACCCUUCAUCCCAGUCGUUCCUCAUAUCCUCCUGGUUCGCCUCCCAGUCUAAUUCACAACUGAAAACUGUGCGUGGCAAUGACAUGGUGUAUUGCCGAUCUUCAGAUGCAGGUUGGCACGUGGAUAGAGACAUUUUUUGGGUUCACGUUUGCCCGCCAGCCAGCCACGUCAGAAGCCGUUCAUCUACGGACGUACCCGCGCAUCGAUCCAGCGGAUACUAUCGAAAACAAAAUUCCAUUACUGACUCGAUCGAAACUGCUCGGGACGUCAUCAGAGAAGUCAAAUAG